AUGUCAAUGUCGGUCAAUUGGACCGCGCUGGCUGUCGCGAUCGCGGCGGUCUUCGUCUUCUGGAGCUUGUCGUCCACGUCGUCCUCGCCUUUCACGCGCUCCUUCCCGCGUCUUUACAACAAGCGGAUCUGUCUGCUGAUUGCGCACCCGGAUGACGAGGCGAUGUUCUUUGCGCCAACGGUGCUGGCGCUCACCAAGCCCGAGCUGGGCAAUCACCUGAAAAUCCUGUGUUUCAGUACGGGCGACGCAGACGGCCUCGGCGAAACACGCAAGAAGGAGCUCCAAAAGAGCGCGUUGCAGCUCGGCCUGCGCAGCGAAUCUGACGUCUUCAUCGUCGACGACCCGGCCCGCUUCCCAGACAGUAUGAUAGCGCAAUGGAACGAGAACGAGAUUGCCUCGCUACUAGCAUCGGCAUUCGCACCCGGCCUGGCCGCAUCAUCAUCCACGACCCGCAACUCCAAGAAACAACAGCAACAGCAACAAGACACCGCGCCAACCGCCACAAUCGACGUGCUCCUAACCUUCGACCGCCACGGCAUCAGCAACCACCCCAACCACCGCUCCCUCUACCACGGCGCCGUACACUUCCUGCGCGUCCUGAUGAAAGAAAAAGCCGGCUUCGCCUGCCCCGUCACCCUCUACACCCUGACCUCCACGACAUUUCUGCGCAAGUACGUCGGCGUCCUUGAUGCCCCGCUGACCAUGCUCCUGGGCGCCUGGAGCAAUCUCCUCGCCAAGUUGCGGGGUCCUUCCUCGCGCUCUGCCAGUUCUGCUUCUUCCUCGGAUCCCGGGCCCGCGCGCAUGCUCUUUGUCAGCUCUGUGACUGAGUGGCUGACGGCCCAGUCGGCUAUGGUUAAAGGCCAUAAGAGUCAGAUGGUCUGGUUCCGCUGGGGGUGGAUCUCUGUUGGUCGCUAUAUGACCGUCAAUGAUCUGCAGCGGGAGAAGGUCUAA